AUGUCUGUUUUUGUUGGUAAUUUAUCUUUUCAAACCAAAUGGUGGACGUUGAAGGAUCACUUUAAACAAGUUGGAGAGGUUGUUCACGUGGACAUCUUUACAGUUCCUGGUAAGCCUCAUCUUUCGAGUGGAUGUGGUCUUGUCCAAUUCAAGAAUCAAGAAGAUGCUGAUAAUGCAUUGACUCUUGAUAAUACCGAGUUGGACGGAAGAGUCAUUAGAGUGAAGAAGGACGAAUUUUCUCCUCGAGGUAGACAAGUCUUUGUUGGUAAUCUUAACUUCCGUACCACUUCUCAAACAUUGAAAGAGGCUUUCGAAAAGGCUGUCGGUAGCGUUGAGAAGGCUGUUGUUGCUCGUGAUCCAAAGCAACACACUCGUUCGUUGGGCCAUGGUAUUGUGAGAUUUGCUACUCCAGAACUUGCUGAGAAAGCUAUUGAAUUAAUGAAUGAUAAAGAGGUGGACGGAAGAACUGUUCUCGUCAAAAUGGACGAUAGAUGUUAA